GUUAUACUUGUUUGGAAUACUUGUAGGAAUUGAUCUGAUACUAGCAGUUACAUGUCAGUCUCGCAGUUUCUUUGAUAUGAACUGUCCACAGAAUAUAGCUGCUAAUUUAAGGAAAUGUGAAAUCUUUGUAGACUCUCGCUUAGAUUUUAUCGACUUUAAACAAUGGACAUCUGAGCUUGAGAGAACAGUUACAGUAUCCUUAGAUGUAACCUGUAGUUCGAAGGGGGUAUUCUUCCUUCCAUGGCCAAUGAAAGCGAGAGGACUAAUCAAACUUAACGUGAAAGGAUGUGUACUAGAAGGAUUCUUUUCAGAGUCUUUGACUCCAACAAAUUUGAAAGAUGAGCUACAAGAGUUAUCUUUAGAAGAUUGCGUUAUUGCUAGCAACUUGAAACGUGGAGUCUAUUUAUUUAACACACCAUUGACCAAGGAAAUCGAUUGUGGACAACAAACCUUACAGAGGUCAGUUUGGCGUAAUAUAUCCUACAUGGUUACAAACAAAAUGGAGGAUAUUACAAUAGAUGAAUUCCUAAAGGUUUUUUCAUCAUUAAAUCAAUUCUUUAACAGACUUGGGCAAAUAAAAUAUAGAUGCAAAUAUUCAAACUUAAAAUACAUUGAUGAAAGUAUAAGUAUCUCUCGCAGCAAAUAUAGUUUUCUACUGAUGACUGCUUAUUCAGAUUUCCCGAAACUUCACACAUUUCGUUGGACUGAUAAUGGAUACAUAAGCGUACCUCAAGAGUUGAUUGAUUGGAGGAAAUAUUUUCCACAACUGAAACUUUUAGACCUUUCUUAUAAUAGAAUUACAAAGUUCAAUUUUUUGGAAUCACCCUCCACAGAAAAGGUCUCAAAAUCAGAACCGCUGGUGGUUGAUCUAUCUCAGAAUUCUGUAACUGAAAUUCCAGUAGACAUGCAAGAUUAUCUUACUGGUUCUGUGCCAAUUAUUGUUGAUUUAACGGGAAAUCCGCUAAGAUGUGACUGUAACUUCCUAAGAUAUAAAAACUAUGUCAUGAAUGCGCUUAAAAGAUUUCAGAAAUAUGAAAACCUGUCUCGGAUAACGUGUCAUUCCGCAAAAAUGCACCGGAAAGUACAGCUAGUAAAUUACUUUAACAAUAAUUGUUAAGAACAUAUUAGGUUGCUUUCAAUUUCGUGGAUAUCUCAACACUUGAAAGUUAACAAUGGUAUAGUUGUCUUGUUAUAGGAACAAUGUUUGUACAUGCAAGUUGCAGCAUAUGGUGUCCAUAUGUUUAAA